UCGCCGCGCAAACACUUCGCCACGUCCGCCGCCAUCGCCUUCGCCACAGGGUCCGAGAAAGCCUGGGAGGUAUCAGCCUGGGAGGUACCAGCCUGGGAG